CUACGAAGUUUAUCGGGCAAGAGUACGCCGACAAAUCCUAGGACACAUUCGGCCGCACUAACACAACAAUUAUUUGAAGAAUAUUUUAGCUCUGUAGGUCCUCACAAUGCAAGUGAAUGGUUACCAAAAUUUUGAAGCUCCAAAAGGAUAUAAUGGCAGCAUAAAAGUAAUCCAUAAAACUCCAAUGGUUAAAUCAAUGGUUGUCAGAAGUGAUAUGAUAAUAUUUAAGUCCUUUUUUACUAUCAAUCUCCACUUUCACUUUCACAUUCUUCAUUUGUUUUUGGCGAUUUGCAUUCUUCAUGGAUAUUGUCACCUAUUGGGCAGGGAGGAGAAUUUAUUGUAAAAAUAGUCUUAAAGAUUGAUCUGUUUCUCACCCACAAUUAUCAUAUCGCUUCUGAAUCGCUUCUCAAAAUGUUGGUAUCCAUUCACUUGCAUUGUGAGGACCUGCAGAGCUGAAAUAUGUUUCUAAAAAUCUUUGUUUGAAGAAAGAAAAUCUGGAAUAGCAUGAGGGUACACAAUUCAAUCUAACCUUCCGAUGGAUGCUGUCUAGAAACCUUGUUUGCUAGUGAUUGGUUACACUGUUAGGGAUUGCAAAGAGCAGAGAAGGAUGUCAGAGUUCCUGCGAUACCUAUACAGAGGGCCAGAUGGCAAUUUGAUGCAGUUUAAGAAAAGGAAAUCACGGUUCACAUUCCAAGAGGUUGAGCUGCUGCUGAGUGAGGUGAUGACAAAACGGCAUAUUCUAGUAGGAAACCGGAGCAUUUCAAAGGACCUGAAAAACCGUACUUGGGCUUCAGUGACGGCACGUAUCAAUAAGGUCAGUGAGUGUCACAGAGAGGUCAUCGAAGUCAUUAAGAAAUGGGCAGACCUCAAGUGUGACACGAAGCGGAGGGUAGUAGCCAUGAGGGCAUCAGGUGCCACGCCUGCCCAAAUUGCACAAGAGCUGUCACCUGUAGAAACCAUGGUGCACCAGAUCCUUCAGAUGUCUAACAAAAACAUGAUCACUUUGGCAAAUGAUGACCUAGGGGAUGAUGAUGACGAGGACUUUCCAGGUGUCUCUGAGAUGCCACAUAGCUCCUCAGACUUCGCAAAUGACAGGCCUCAUUCAUUCAGUUUACCAAUGCCACCUCCUUUUCACCCAAGAAUCCCAAGCAAAGGAGAAAUGGAGCUAUCUACUGACAUGAUGUUCAACAACGGAGACAUGCAGUUUAUUGAACCUGAAAGUCAACAAGAUCUGAAUGCUGCUGGUAUGCCUGAAUUCCUCAACCGUCCCAGUGCUGAGAAGAGCCAAAUUCAAGAAAAACCCAAUCACAACACAUUCAAUGGCCCUUCAGCUGCCAGUGUUGGGACUUUUAUUCCACUUCCUGGGGCCUCAUCAUUUCGCUCACUUCCUGCUCGCCCCCCUCCCACUCCAGCUUCUCUGGAUCCAUGCAGUGUGCAGGAUCGUCUAGCCCAGAGUGCCUCACUUAGCCUGCAGGAACAGCAGGCCACCACACAGCUGAUAGGGUCGCUCUCUCGCUCUCUUGAGUCACUAGCAGAAUCAGUGCAGAAAUUGGUCCACACCCAGCAGCAGUUUUCACGUGACACCUUACAACUGCAGCGUGACACACUCCAUAUCCUGCAAAGCUUCUCCUCCAAUGCCUUGAAUCUCCUGCAGGACAAGGUUAAUGGCCAGCCAUAACAUCUGAACAAUCAACAGAAGUUUUCUGGCUACACUAUUGACAGCUACUACUGGGAGCAAAUUACAAAAAAGUGAAUGCAGAUGUUAGAGAAAAUACAAUAUGAUGAGAUACUAGAGUUUAUGGCAAUAUUUCCCUGAAUCUUUGAUUUUAGUUUUUUCCGAAGUCAUAGAGCUAACAGGACAGGACAGCACUGAGAAGAGUAUUUGUCUGUUUAUGAUUUAAUAAACAACAUACAUUUGGAGUUGGGGAAAAAGGAGAGGCCUAAGUGCUAUAUGUUCUUUGUAGAUUUCCUUGUUGGUGCCAACUGAAUGUUUUCAGUAAAACACUGGGUCUCAAAGACCAAUUAUAUGCUAUUAUAUAGUCAUUUUAAAUGGGCAAAAAUAUUUAAAAAAUAACUAGUUAUUUAAGAUCAUUAUAUAUGUGGUGUGAGUUAUGAUAUUGCCAUAAAUUGACUGUUGUCAAUUUAUGAUCUAUUAUUUACCUUAUUCUUUAUUUUGUUUUGCUAUUUGGGUGGUUCUCCAUACUUAACCUAUAAAUCAAUGUCUGGCUGAAGCAUUGCUUAGCAGACCCUGCUGAAAACUUUUAAAUCUUUAGUUGAUGUGCAGUGUCUUUUAAUUUUGUUGGGUUGUUUCUAUUAACUUGAAUUCCAAAGACUUAUUCUAAUGUUUUCCUUUGCUUCCGGGUAGGAGUUACUAUGAAUUCUGAAACCGAUUGAAGACAUAUUAUAUUAGCCGUAGCUCCCAUAGGUCUGUUUUAUAGUCUCCCAGCAAUUAAGUCAACACACUGUUAAAUAUGACUCCUGCUUAAAAACUCAGUGCAAAAGAUGAAAAUAAACAAAUUGAAAUAUUACUUGAAGUCAUCACUUUAUGAUUCAUGCUUCGUAUUAAAGGGAUAGUUAUCCCUAAAAUAGCAAUAUUGUCAUUUACUCAUUUGCCAUUCCAGAUGUGUAUGACUUUCUUUCUUCAGCAGAACACAAGGAUUUCUAGAAGAAUAUUUCAGAUCUGUAGGUCCUUACAAUGCAAGUGAAUGGUGAUCAGACAUUUGUAGCUCCAAAAAUAUCACAAAGCAAACAUACAAGUAAUCCAUUUGACUCGAGUGGUUAAAUCCAUAUCUUCAGAAGUGAUAAGUGUGAGUGAGAAGAAAAAAAACUAUAUUUGAGUCCUUCUUUACUCUAAAUCUCCACUUUUAGUGAAAAUAAACAGGAACCACAUGCAGUUUUCAGAUGUAAAAGUGAAAGUGGAGAUUUAGAGUUAAUUCUUUUUGACAGAAAUAUUGAUCUGUUUCUCACCCACACCUAUAAUACAUUAUAUCACUUCAGAAGAUAUGCAUUUAAGUCAUAUGAAUUACUUUUAUGUUGCCUUUAUUUGAUUUUUGGAGCUACAAAGGUCUGAUUAACAUUCUUGUAUUGUAAGGACCUACAGAGCUGAGAUAUUCUUCUAAAAACCUUAAUUUGUGUUCUGCUAAAGAAAGAAAAUCUUGACACAUCUGGGAUGGCAUGAGGGUGUGUAAUUGAUGAGAGAACUUUACUUUUUGGGUGAACUAUCCCUUUAAGGCAACUCAAUGAGUUGAUAAGAUCAGAGUAAGCUGGCACAAUUAUGCAUUUUUGUAAUGGCUGAGAAAAAAAUUGUUGAGGUAGCUUAUUAGAUUGUGUAACUCACUAAUAAACCAUGUUUACUUUUAUUUCACACUUAAACGUGCACCCAACUCUUUUUCUCCACGGAAAAUUCAUCAUGCCUGCAAUCAUGCCUGCAAUCGACCUCCUGAUGUCACUAGAUGUCAGUCUUGCACUUUUGUAUUUACAAGUGCAGGAGAGCGGAUAGUUGAAAAAGUAUAAUUCAAUAAACGUCAAUAAAAGCAUUAUUAAUUUACAAGUACAUUUUAGAAUAAAUCAAUUCACAAAUGGGCAAAUAUACUUUAAAAAGUAUGUAAAAGGCAAUAAAACACUAAAACAAAUUUUUCUAGAUGUUAACAUGAAUGUGUUGCCCAUUGUGCAAACAAUGAUAGUAAGAAUUUAUUUUAAUUUCAAGGGGAAAGUGAUUGAUUUGAUAAUUGUUUUGGCCAUUUAUGAACUCCUGGUUUGAAAUCAAUAUUGAGAAAAUGUUGUGGAUGUGGUGUGUAUAUAGAUUUGAUCAUAUACACGACAUUGGUUUCUCUAUGGGCUGGAGUGGUGUUCCUAUACAGCCCAGGAGUUUUAUUUCCAAGUCUGGUCCCAAUGUCUGCACUUACUAGAAAGCUAUUAGCACUGACAUACGAAUUACAGUAAUUGCAUCUGUUGUAAAAAUAAGAUAAUUUUAAUUUACACUUACAAUUUAGGUGUCACCAUUA